GUGCUUGUGCUGUGCGCCAUGAUUGUAUCGCUCUCUGCGUCUCGCACACAGAAAUGCAGAGUGCCCUGCGAUUCCAUUUCCAAGCUUCAAACCCAGGCAUCGUUGUUCCGCACACGAACCACGCUUUCGCCACCAACCUUAACUCACACCGUACCCUCUCCUGCACAAAACGCCGUUCCCUUCCCCUGUGCUCCUUCACCGCACAACCUUCGAACCAAACCUCCGCCGUUGGAUCUCCAUCGCUUCAACACUGGAACCUCACCAAUCGCCACGUCACCGUUCUCAACGUCUUUGCCUGCGCGACGGCGAUAUGUGCAACGUGGCUGUUUUGCUCCGCGAUUCCGACGCUCCUGGCUUUCAAGAAAGCAGCGGAGUCGAUGGAGAAGCUCAUGGAUGCCACGAGGGAGGAACUUCCCAACACCAUGGCCGCAAUUCGAUUAUCCGGCAUGGAAAUAAGUGACUUAACCACCGAGCUCAGUGAUAUAGGCCAAGAGAUUACUCAAGGUGUUAGAAGCUCCACUCGUGCAGUUCGCUUGGCAGAGGAGAGGCUUCGCCGCUUGACUACUGUGCCUUCUUCAGCUUCGUUGCAGGGGAUGACGAUCAACCCGAAAGCUGAGUAUGAUGAUGAUGAGCCUGCGGUGGCCAGAACAGCGAGGGGCGUGAGAGAGGGUAUUGUCAAGGGUCGUGCUACGUUGCAGAUGUUUUUCACCCUCACCCGAUUUUCAAGGUUUGCUCUAAACUUUAUCACUGGUCGUAGAAAAUUGUCAAGCUAGCAUCUCGGUUUGGAAUCCAACAUCAUUGUUCUCUUCUAUGUUGUUUAGAGUCUGUGUUAGGUUUUAGCUGUUGGGUUAUGUAAUACAAAAUAUGAACACCACUAUUUUCCCGUCUCAACUUUCUACUUGUGCUUUGAUCUUCUACUUGUUCAUUAAUGGUUUGGUUUUGCACUUUUGCUAUUUUCUCUUAUUACACAUUGCAAUUUGCAAUAGAGACGUUUCCCUGUACAUGACCCAACGGGGUCUAAUAAUGUGACCAACAAUGUGUUUACCGAUGUCUAUUGACUUCAUCCUUGCUCUUA